AUGGCUGCCCCAGGCUUCGGAUUUUCUGCGGGCGACUUCAUCGCCGCUGUAGACCUUGUCAAGAAACUCAUUCGCUCCACAAUCCAGGUGUCCGCCACCAAUCUGCAAGAACAACGCCUAGACAACUGCACGCUGUUGUUGCAAGAGGUAUGCGAUGACACGAAGGAAUCGAAUUCCUGCGCCGAACAGAACAGUCAGACACUCGAGACCCAUACCGGCAUUAUGGAAACAAUUUCACGCGUUGUCUCAGGCUUGGUGUUUGGGACACAAGAGGAUGGGCUCUUGUUACUUGUCCAUAAGGGCCUGCAGUGGCACAUCAGAAUCUUCGACACCGUCACUCAGAUGCAGCAGCUUUUGUGCAGUAUACCACCCCGGAUCGAGCGCGAACAACCCGUCCUUUUUGAGGACGCACCUAGGAGGCUUACAACGUUCCAUGUUGAGUUCAUAAAUUCCUAUAAUGCCUUCCAGGCCGUUCUUGAGGCUCGCUUUGAGAACAUGCCUGGACUGGCGAAAGUCCGAAAUCUGGAGUACGCCAUGCAGGAUACACGGUUCAAGCGCAUACUUGAUCUUUCCGAUCCUUGGGAAACAUCAUUCGACCCGGGAGAAAGUUUGUUAUGA